AUGCGAGAACCUAUUUCAGUAGUAAAACGUGUUGCAGUUGCAUUACAUUAUCUAGCUUCAUGUGAAGAGUAUCGUGUUGUGUCUAGCCUUUUUGGCAUAGGAAAGUCAACAGCAAAUUUAAUUGUUCAUGAAUUUAUUAAUGCUGUUAAUGACAUUUUGCUCCCUAAAUAUGUUAAAUUUCCAUUGUCAGUGGAAAAUUUAAAUAAACAUAGUAAAGAUUUCGAAGCUAUUCUUGGUUUUCCACAAUGCUACUGUCGAUACCGUUUCAUUUAUACAAGUGUUGGAUCGCCUGGUAGAAAUAAUGACAGCUAUAUUUUGCAGAAUUCUUCUUUGAAAGCAAUUUUAGAAUCAAGUCUAUUUGAUAAAUGUUGUAAAGAGCUGGGCGAUUCUCUUGUUCCGCUAUGUUUGAUAGGUGAUUCAGCAUUUCCUUUAACGCGUCAUUUGUUAAAACCUUAUCUUGAAAAUUUGGAGCUUAGUGAAAUUCAAAAAAAUUUCAAUAAAAUACUUUGCGGAGCUAGAAGAGUAGUUGAGAAUGCCUUUGGGCGCGUUAAAGCUCGAUUCCGUGUAAUUUGCAAACGUAUGGAAUGCGAUAUUAACUUGGCUACAAGAAUUGUUAAUGCUUGCGUCACUCUUCACAACAUUUGUGAAUAUUAUGACGAUAUUAUUAUAAUAGAAUGGCUUAUGCAUCAUCAUGAUGACAGUCUAGCUCAACCCAAUACAGUUUCUACAACUGGGAACAAUGGACCAGAAAAAAAUGUUUGUGACUCAAUUGCUAAACACCUUUAUGAAAGGGACAAAGGUGGUUUUCGACAGUCAGGUUGUACUGAGGAAAAAAGAAAUAGGCUUCAUGAGUUAAUUGGAGAUAACAGAAGCUAUAAUCUACAGGAGAUAAAGGUGCCUUUAAGUUAUGGCGAUGUCCACAGUGAAGCAAUAACUAGCGUAGGGAUGACAGCAGAUGUCUUAAAAGAAUUAAAUACAAUUAAAAGUAUUUUGGGGAAAGUAAAAGAGUUGGUUGGUGAUGGACAACGUUAUGAUGGUGAUGGACAACCUUGGUGA